AUGCCUUCACCUGCAUCCGAGCGAACGCCACUUCUUCGCGCAUCAUCGCAAGAUGAUCAAAAUGGUUCUUCGAUUAAUGCAGAUGAGGUCAGAGCUGCGGAGGUAGCGCAACAGGGAGAGGGAGCUGCUCCUCAGUUCCCCGAAACAGGCAAGAGCAAGAGCUAUUCGAAUGGACAAUCUAUACUAUCCGAUGAAGAUGCUGCAACAACGCAAGAUGAGCAAAAGUUGGUACGGUUCCAAAAGAAUGGGAAGCUGGAAGGUGUCGGAGUAUGGAAAUUUAGAUGCGUAUUUGGUGGUAUUGUUCUUGGAUACUUUAUAGCCAUGUUCGACUCUACACUAAUGGCUUCAAGUCAUCCGGUCAUAACAUCAUAUUUCCAUGCGUCAAAUUCUGCGUCAUGGCUGUCAACGGCUUUUUUGCUUACCUCAACAUCGCUCCAACCACUGAUGGGCCGUCUAUCAGACACCUUCGGGCGUCGGCCGCUCUACAUUGCCGGUCUAAUGUUCCUUGCGGCGACCACGGCGUGGUGUGCUCUUGCACAGAGUAUCGGAAGCUUCAUUGCAGCACGGGCCUUUUGUGGUAUCGGCGCAGCCGGCGUGCUAUCAAUGGGUAACAUCAUGACCAACGAUCUUGUGAGCAUUGAGGUUCGAGGCACGUACCAAGCUUACAUCAAUCUGUUCUAUGGGGGCGGUUCGGCUUGUGGAGCGGCCUUUGGUGGCUUUCUCUGUGACAAGUUGGGCUGGCGGAUGACAUUUGCUAUCCAGAUACCCGUACUUAUUAUGCUCUUGAUCAACGCGAUCUUCACAACGCCUUCGACUCUGGGACCAAAUUUGGCAAAGUCGGCGGGACUAGGCAUCAGAGAUGCCAUGAAGGGUUUCGACGUCGCUGGGUCAUUCCUGUUGACAGUAUCCGUGGCUUUCUUGAUACUGGGGCUGAAUGUUGGCGGUAACAUCUAUCCAUGGACCCACUGGGUCGUCAUCACUUCUCUUCUAGUAGCUCUGGUUACCUGUGGUAUUCUUAUCAAAGUGGAGUCCAAGGCUGAGCGUCCGGUGAUGCCGCUGCCAAUGCUGUUCAGCAAGCCGCGUGGUAACCUUGUUUUCAACAACUUCUUUGCUCAAAUUGGCAUGAACACGAUUUUGUUCAACGCACCGCUCUACUUCCAGGCUGUCGAACUUGAGUCUGCAUCAGUAUCCGGCUUCCGUCUCGCAGGGCCUUCAGUGGCUCUGACUAUCUGCGGAGUUUCGGCAGGCUUUAUUAUGACCGCGACAGGACGCAUGAAAUGGCUUAUCGUUGUAGGGUCACUUGCGAUGCUUUUGGGGGCUACAUCCACAAGUCUCGCGGUGCUUGCAACAAGCACCCAAGAAGACCAGGCCGUCAUGUCUAGCACACUCAUUCUUUGGCGUAGUCUGGGAAUCGUCAUGGGUGUCUCUAUAAGCAGCUUGAUUCUCCAAAAUGCAUUGAAGAUGAAUCUAGAAAAGUUGGUCACAGGCCACAACAAAGCUAAGAUAACCCACCGCGUCCGAAAAUCCGUCCACAGCAUCAUCGACCUCGACCCCAAACACCAAAGCCAAGUUAUCCAAGCCUACAGCCAAAGUCUACGCCUCGUUUUCAUCUCCGCUAUUAUUAUGUUCGUUGUCGUAAACGUACUAGUUUUCACUAUUGACCUACCGCAUCUGAAGAAGAAGGGGCUGUGGGUGCUCGGGGGUAAGGGUAUCUGA